UGUUCCUCCAAAAUUUCAGUUUCAGCAUUUACUUUCAAUUUCCUUGCACCAGUCUCUUCUUCAGAUUCAAAACAAAGUAAGCAGCGAAAUCUGCUCCACCACAUACCUGAACAACACAUGGCCCAGUCGUUGCCGCCUUCGUUUUUUCUUUUCAUGCCUAUCGUUGUUUUCUUGCUUUGGGGUUCAGUACCCGACUCUGUGCAGGGCGGGAACGAGACUGAUCGGCUAGCCUUACUAGCAUUCAAGGCGGAAAUCACCGGCGAUCCCCUCGGGAUACUAAAUUCUUGGAAUGAAUCCGUCCACUUCUGCCAAUGGGUUGGUGUAACGUGUGGCCGCCGGCACCAGAGGGUCACUAAGUUAAUCCUUCCGAAUGGCAAACUAUCAGGGCCCAUUUCGCCGCACAUUGGAAAUUUAAGCUUCCUUGUGUGGUUACUGUUGCCAAACAAUAGCUUGAGUCAUGACAUCCCCCAAGAACUCGGCCGCUUACGCCGACUGAAAUUCUUGUACUUGUAUAAUAAUUCAGUUACCGGCGAAAUUCCGGCCAAUAUAUCUCGUUGCUCUAAUCUUAUCUCCCUUGGAUUUACUCUAAACAGGCUAACGGGAAAAAUUCCAACGGAGCUCGGUCGCCUAUCCAAACUCCAGGGAUUGCAUGUUGGACAAAACAAUCUAACAGGAGGUGUGCCAGCAUCUAUUCGUAAUCUAUCAUCUUUGGCAAACCUCUUUAUAUCCCACAAUAAUUUUGGUGGGAAUAUGCCUGAUGGUCUUGGCAGAUUGACAAAAUUGGAAACUUUUGCAGUAGCGGACAACAAGUUGGUCGGUACGAUUCCCUCCUCGCUCUUUAAUAUCUCUUCCAUUGCGAAUUUCGAUGUCGGAGAGAACCAAAUCCGAGGGAUUCUUCCCACAAACCUAGGAACUUCACUUUCUAAUCUCAAGUUCCUUGGAGUUGGUUACAACUUGUUGACUGGAUCCAUUCCUAGUUCAAUAUCGAAUGCCACCAAUUUAUAUUACCUUGGGGUGAACACCAACAAUUUUACUGGGAAAAUGCCUUCUUUGGAUAAGCUGCGUAAUCUAAAUGUGUUAGAUGUUUUUUCUACUCAUCUAGGAACAGGGGAAGCAGAUGACUUGAGCUUUCUCUCCCCUUUGAUCAAUGCCACCAAUUUGGAACGGUUGGAACUGGACAACAACGGUUUUGGAGGUGUGUUUCCGGAAGUAAUUACUAAUUUCUCCAUUCGUCUUAGUCUUGUAACGUUGCAGAACAAUAAGCUGUACGGGAGCAUCCCAAGAGGGAUAGGGAAUCUGGUCAAUUUGCAGGAAUUUAGUGUAUUUAACAACCAUUUGACAAGUAACAUUCCUGCUGAUUUUGGGAAGCUUCAAAACCUGCAUCUUUUGUCUCUCGGAGGUAAUAGAUUCUACGGUGACAUUCCGUCGUUUUUUGGAAACUUAUCCAUGUUAGCAUAUCUCGAUCUGUCCAAAAAUGAUCUUCACGGAAGCAUCCCGUCGUCUUUCGGAAACUUAUCCAUGUUAGUAGGUCUCGCUCUGUCCGAAAAUGAUCUUCAUGGAAGCAUCCCGUCGAGUAUGAGCACAUGCAAGAUGUUGCUGCAUCUUAUACUCGCCAAAAACAGUCUUACUGGCACCAUACCCAAACAAGUUGUUAGUCUCUCAUCAUUGUUUUAUCUAGACCUAUCUCAUAACAACUUGACUGGCGUCGUCCCUGUGGAAAUCGGAGUUUUAAAAAAUCUUGAAACACUAAAUAUUUCUAACAAUAUAUUGGUUGGUAAUAUUCCAAGUGCCCUUGGUAGCUGUGUGAAAUUGGAAUCACUUAAUUUGAACGGCAACAAGUUCUGGGGAGUCCUUCCAUCAACUUUGAGUGAAUUGAGAGGCUUGGAGGAACUAGACAUUUCUAUGAAUGAUUUCUCAGGAAAAAUCCCAGAUUAUAUCGAGAGCUUUAUUUUCUUAAAGAAAUUAAACAUAUCAUUCAAUGAUUUUGAGGGAUCGGUACCAAAACAAGGCAUAUUUACGAUUGCAGCAGCUAUUUCUAUUGAGGGAAACAAGAAGCUUUGUGGUGGUAUACCAGAUUUACAACUGCGCAGUUGCCAAUCAAAGGGAUUCCCAAGGAAGAAAUUUACUCAACUUCUGAAAUUGGUACUCCCAUUGUCUUUUGGUCUAGUAUGUCUAUUUGUGAUGAUGUACUUCUUGUAUCUUCGUUGGUUUAAAAAAAGAACAAAGGUACCAUCUUUUAGCUUUUUUGGCCACUCGUUUCCUAAGUUGUCCUACAGGAGUCUAGUUAAAGCGACCAAUGGUUUCUCUUCUGCCAAUCUAAUAGGCAAGGGUAGUUUUGGUUCGGUGUACAAAGGAAUUCUUGAUCUUAAUCAGGGUGAAAAACUAGUUGCCGUGAAGGUAUUAAACCUUCAAUUCCAGGGAGCUACCAAGAGUUUCAUUGCCGAGUGUAAGGCCCUAAGGAGCAUCAGACAUCGGAAUCUAGUAAAUGUCAUCACCGCAUGUUCAAGCAUUGACUAUAAAGGUGAUGAUUUCAAAGCUCUGGUUUACGAGUUCAUGGUCAAUGGAAGCCUAGAUGAGUGGUUGCAUCCAAAUGAGAAAGAAGAUGAUGCUCACGACAAGUCGCAGAGUUUAAACCUUCUACAGAGGUUAAAUAUUGCAUUUGACGUCGCUUCUGCACUUUUUUAUCUUCACCACCAUUGCUCGGAACCAAUAGUUCACUGUGACUUGAAACCGAGCAACGUUCUUCUUGAUGAUGAUAUGGUUGGACAUGUAGGUGAUUUUGGGUUAGCAAGAUUUCAUGUAGAUGCGACACGUAUUUCUUCUGCAAAUCAAUCAAGUUCUAUUGGCUUACGUGGGUCAUCCGGUUAUGCAGCUCCAGAGUAUGGCAUGGGAAAUGAAGUAUCAAUGUCAGGUGAUAUGUAUAGUUUCGGUAUUCUUUUAUUGGAGAUGUUCACAGGGAUGAGACCAACAGAUACCAUGUUCGAUGGUAGUCUGACUCUCCACAACUUUGUUGAGAUGGCUAUGGCUGAACAAGUAGCAAACGUUAUUGAUCCAACACUGUUUCAACAAGCAGUAAUGGGAGAGGCAAGCUCAAGCAUCAACAACUCUCAGUAUCAUAGCCCGGCUAGCAUUCACAAAUGCUUGACUUCAAUUCUUAAAGUGGGAAUAGAAUGUUCAGAAGAACUACCAACAGAUCGACCGGAUAUCAAAGAAAUCGUUACUCAGUUGCAUGUGAUUAAGAACAUUCUUCUAGGAGUUGGAGUACACGAAGGAAUGAGAGCUAGAAUUGCAGCUUGAUCAUGUGCAGGUAUGACCCCUUUUACAUUCCAAUAACUACUAGAGAAAAAUCUGUAUUUGGCACUAAUACCACCACAAUUCUGCACUCGGCCGGCGAAACAGCGGUUUGUUCAGUUGUUGCUGACUUAAAUAGAGGUUUUAGUUCUGUUCAACUUUACCCAAGUUCCUAAGAACCAUGAUAUUUUCAUUUGCUAUGAACAAAACGUCAAUUUCCAUUCCUAGUUCAAACUUGAGAAUCAAUAAAUUCACCCA